GUCGAGCAUUGGGUUGCGUUUUGGUUGCCGUGCAAAAGCGGCAUGAAUUUGAAAUGAAUCGACUGAUCGUACUCUUCUCUUCGUCGUCUCUUCCCUUCAGAAACCCUAGAAAAAUCAAAGGACACCGAAUUGGGGAGUUUCUCCGCAUUCCAUCUCCCAUGUCGUGGGCCUGCAAAAAAUGCACCUUUGUGAACCCCCCUCCUCAAAAAUCGGAAUGCGAAAUCUGCUUAACUCCCUCUUCCCCACUGGGUGCGUCUUCUUCUUCUUCUUCGUCCCCAAAAUGGUCGUGCAGGGCCUGCACUUUCCUUAACCCUUACAAAAACCCCAAUUGCGAGGUCUGCGGCACUCGAUGCUCCGUUCUCUCACUUUCCAACUUCAACGACUUGAAUGACACCACUGAUCAUGACUCUUCUGUCGGCUCUGUUUUCUACCCUCUUCGACCUUGCAACAAGAGGAAGGUCGUCGACUCCAUUCACAUUGAUGAUGACGAAGAUUCUUCUGAACCAUCAGAGAAGGUCGAGCCAUCCAGUAAAGCCAUCAAUCUCACCGAGAACAAGAACAUUGAUUCUGAAAAUGCUUUUAGUUCGUUUAAGAUAUUGAGUUACAAUGUUUGGUUUCGGGAAGACUUGGAGUUGCACAAGAGGAUGAAGGCUAUUGCCGACCUUGUUCAGUUACAUUCUCCUGAUUUUAUCUGUUUCCAGGUUUCCCUGUUUAUAGUUAAUACCUUGUUUUUUUCGUUUGUUGUACUUUGAAAUUUAUGGGUCUUCGUCUAAUUUGGGCCGCUAGUUCCGCAGGAGGUUACUCCCAAUAUAUACGACAUUUUCAAGCAAUCCACCUGGUGGAAAGUAUAUCGUUGUUCGGUUUCUUCUGAGAUGGCUGAUACAAG